CGUCAUAUACAGAAGGAGAUACAGAACCUACAGUCGCUGUAUCGUCACAGGCUUCAGCCCUGCAGGGGACGAGACGCGAAUGGAAAACGUUAGGGCGGAAGUGGACAUCGAGUUUGACAACACCACAACGCCAGGAGAAACAAUUCCCAGCGCAGAGGAAGUGGCCGCAACGUUACGAGAGGAACUGGCCAACCCCUACAACACAUUCAGCCUCACCAUUGACAAAGAUUCCAUAGAAGGCUUUGUGAAAAACACGGCAACCGUUGCACCGACCACCGCCGAGGCGCCUACAACGCCCGAGGCGCUUACAACGCGCCGGGUGACGUUCCGAUCGGCGGGGGAGCAGUUCACCGCAGACCUGUUGAAUUCAUCUUCCGCAGGAUUUAUCAGUCGAGCCUCCAUUAUCGGGAUAACGCUUGAACCUCGCUACAGAAUCGCAUUCACGUCGUUCCGCACAUUGACGGUGGUUUCGUUCAGUAAUGGCUCCGUCUUUAACAACAUGGACCUGGGGUUCGUGUCCAGCGCCGUGCCCAACAGCAGCGCCAUCGCGAACGUUUUGGUGGAGGCCGCGCCCUUCAUCACGGCCUUCAACAUCGACAUCUCGUCCAUUUUUGUGGACGGCGCCCAAGUUUCAAGUGGAGCGAGCCACAAAAUGAGCCUCAUCAGCGCCUCCUGCCUGGUGGUGUUGUCAUGGUUACUGGCAAACCAGGAAUAAUUCAUUCAUUCAUGUGAGGCUGAAUAUGACAAUAUAUCACAUGGACUAAUUUUUUAAUAUCAUGAUACAAGACUUGAAUUUAUUGUCACAAAAUUACGACAUUAACCUUUUCAAAUGCCAACAUCAGCUUUCUAAAAUGAAAACAAUUUGGUCGAAAACCCAAUUAAAUUUUAUUUUUUUAUUUUUAUGCAAUUGUCUGGUAGUUUCACAUUUUAAAGUGACGAUUUAUGAAUUUCUAUUGCAACUUUUUUUCAUCAACGUUACAAUUUAAAAUGUGGAAAUUCAGUUUUUUUCCCUUUGUAAAAUCCCCCAAAUUGUUUCGUAUUUAAAUAGUCUGGUGUCAUUAAGGCAUUAAAUGUGAAAAUGAUGACAUUUUUCUCUUCUAAUGACAAUUAUUUUCCAGCUUCUUUAAUAUCAACAUUGAUUAAUAAUUGUGCUUUUCUUGUCAAAUGACAUUCUUUUCAUAGGCUACGGUGGAAUUGUGGUCACGUUCCAAUUAAAAUAUGACGGGCUCAGGGCCCAACAAAUUUUUUAACUGUAAAAUUGCCUCACAGUUCGUAUCAAUUAGUUUACAUAGAUGGCUAAAACCUCUUUGGUGCAUUCACACCUUGACACCGUGACAAAUUGCUAAAUUAUUACCUUGUGCUUGUAUUGUUUUGAUGAUAAAAAUAAAAACAUUUAUUUUA